AAUAAUCACUUUGAAGUGAAACAGUCUUAUUGAAACUGACUUUAUGAAUACGUGUUUAUUUGUAUUAAAUCUAUAAUACUUAUAAAUACUAAACAUAAAUUAAUUGAAGUAAUUAUGACGAGUGGAAGUUUUGAAGUGAAUGGUUGGCCCUUAUGGUAUGAUAAGUAUGGUACCGGCCCAUCACCAGUGCUCAUGAUUCCCGGUGCUUUGGGCACCGGAAAAAUGGAUUUUUAUGAGCAAUUAGAAGGAGACGAUGCACUGGACCUCAAAAAAUUCACAAUCAUUGCCGUAGACCCUCCGGGUUGGGGCAGAUCCAGACCCCCUGUCAGGGCGUAUAACAAAGAUUUAUAUAGUAAUGAUGUGGACUGUUACUAUAAAUUAAUGAAA